AGCUGCCCCUCUGCAAUGCUGCAGAGAACUGGGGGUCUCAUCACAGCAGCCAGCCUGACCCCGGCUUCUCUCGCAGGACAUGGCCCAGGCUUCCGUGCCACUGCCGUGGUGGACGGGGCUUUCAAAGAGAUCCAGCUCUCCGACUACAGAGGUAAGUAUGUGGUGCUGUUCUUCUACCCGCUGGACUUCACCUUCGUCUGCCCCACCGAGAUCAUCGCCUUCAGCGAGCAUGCCGAGGACUUCCGCCAGCUGCAGUGCCAGGUCCUGGGCGCCUCCGUGGACUCCCACUUCAGCCACCUGGCCUGGAUCAACACCCCCCGGAAGGACGGGGGGCUGGGUGCCAUCAACUUCCCCCUGCUGUCAGAUCUCACCCACAGCAUGGCCACCGACUACGGGGUGCUGAAAGAGGACGAGGGGAUCGCCUACAGGUCUGGGGCAGGGGGGUACAAAGCGGGGAUCUCUGGUCUAACCCCCUUCCCCCUGCUCUCUCCAGUCUGCCCAGCCGGCUGGCACCCCGGGAGUGACACCAUCAAGCCCACCGUGGCGGAGAGCAAGGAGUAUUUCACCAAGCAGCUUUGA